UAAAUACAUGAAUAAAAUAAAACGACAACGUUUUACAGUUCCGGUGAAUUCCCCUUUGCUUUAUGAAGAAACAACGAGUGUUGUUGUUGUGAAUUGAAAACUCGCUCCUUGAUCCCAAUCUCACCAUACUUGUGUCAAGUUAUCCACGAGGAUUGGUGCUUGUGUGUGGGAGAAGGAGGAAAACUCAGGUGAUGAAAGAUCGAAGUGCAUAUAUGGAUGCACCAUGGGAUGUGAAAAGAAAAAAAAGAUGAUUGAUGAUGAAGCUUUGGGGUUCAUUGCUAACUCUCUUGGCAUAUUCAUUUUUGCUUUGGUUAUAGCAUAUCACUUGGUUAUUGCCGAUCCCAAUUAUGAAGGCAAUUAGAUACUAUCAUUAUUAUUUUCUGUCAUGUAUUCAAGAUGCAGUUUUGUUGGAUACAGUUUUGUUGAUCGAUCUGUUUUGUCAGUUUGUUUAUGAAAUCAGUUGUAGCAUAUAACAGCUAAUAAAAUAAUCAGUAUUUGAUAGUUGGUAUUUAAUCAUAUUUCAUUGCCACUAGUUUAUAUUUGA